GUGUGGAGCAAAUGGUUUGUGUGGCCUUGCGCUUUUUUUGCUAGUGGAGCCUUCCUGUACUCAGUGGGGGAUGCAGAACAGCUGAACAAGGCCACAAUUUGCCGCACAAUAAGGAGUGUGUGUCUGGCUAUCAAAGCAUUAGCAGAUGUCUUCAUCUCCUUCCCUGGCCACAGAAGACUCUGUGACAUCAAAGAGGAGUUCUAUAGGAUUGCAGGUUUCCCCAAUGUCAUUGGUGCAGUGGACUGCACACACAUAAGGAUAAAAGCCCCCUCAGGUGCCCAUGAGGCCGAUUUUGUGAAUAGGAAAUCCUUUCACAGCAUUAAUGUUCAGAUGGUCUGCAAUGCUGACUGUGUGAUCAGCAAUGUUGUGGCAAAAUGGCCUGGCUCAGUCCAUGACUCCAGAAUCUUUCGGGCCUCUGAAAUCUAUCAGUGCCUAUCACAAGGUGAAUUCUCUGGUGUGUUGCUGGGAGACAGGGGGUAUGGCUGCCAGCCUUUUCUCCUGACACCUUUCACAGACCCCCAGGAAGCACAGCAGGCCUACAACCAUGCCCAUGCCAGGACCAGGGCCAGAGUUGAAAUGACCUUUGGCCUCCUGAAGGCACGCUUUCACUGCCUUCACAAAUUAAGGGUCAGCCCUGUUAGGGCAUGUGAUAUUACUGUGGCUUGUGCUGUCCUCCACAAUGUGGCCUGCCUGAGGAAGGAGAGGGCCCCCAGAGUGCCACCAGCCAUGGACUGGGACAAUCCGGCAAUCUUCCCUGAUGACGACAGUGGUCGGCUGCUGAGGGACCAAUAUGUGUUGAAUUAUUUUAGUUAGUAUGUGUGCUUUCAAUUUUGGUUAAAUAUGUCCUGCGGUGGCAGAGGAAUUUGGUUUUUUUUGGGUUCGUUUUUGACGAAUUUGGCCUCUUAUGAUGUUUGUGCGGUAUACUGUGUGUAAUACAAGGCUGCAGGGAGGCUACUGCAUCCAUUCAUUUGUCUGUUCAGUUGAUGUGUAUGGAUUUGUCCUGCAUUUAUUUUAGUGUGCAGACAUGCAGGGUGUGUUAUAUACAGACCUUUGAAUGUGUAUGUAUCAUUUUGUAUAAUAUGCUUGGAUUCUGUGCUUUCCAUCUUGUAGAGUCACUGUGACUUCAGUUUCGAAAGGAGCUGAUGGUUUACCUGCUUUGUUUUGUCCUUAUUCAAUAAAGGAACAU